ACUGGCUAUAUCCCCCUACUUAGACGCCGAACAAGUUGAGAAGCGAAGAGAAAUGAGAAGAAUACUCAUAGAAGAAAGGCAAAACGGAAACCAUGCUAUAAUCAGAGACAACAAAUUAAUUAUAAAUGGAAAAGUACAUGUAACAAACAAACAACCACAAUGUUCUAUGUAUCUGGAGACCCAAAGCCAAGACCCGGUUCGCCAAUCAUUGCAAGAAACGGACAGUUCACAAAUCAACUCUACGAGAACUCAAGAACCAAACCUAGGAAAACAUAAUUUUCGAGAAUCCCAAAACAAUUAGUAUCAUGUUUCAGAACAUGCAAAGCCUAGUAAAUAAACAAGACUGUCUUGAGGCAUUCCUAGAAGGACACCGCGAGGAACAUUAUGUAGCUCUUUGUAUCUCCGAGAAAUGGCUAUCUCAGGCCAAAGCAAACCUUAUUUCCUUUAAAAACCAUCAUCUAGCAGCAUCAUUCUUUCGAGCGAAACAUAACGGAGGUGGCGUUUCCAUAUUACUGCGCGAUGACGUCGACUACGUAGAGCGAAAGGAGAUAUCGGACAUGUCUGUCGAAUACGUCAUAGAAGUUUGUGCGAUUGAACUUUUAAAAUUUGAUAUUAUAUUGAUAUUAUUGUAUUGGAACGGCAGAGAGACGGAUACUUUUUAUAAUCAACUAAAAAUAAUUUUAGAACACCUUCAAAAUAAAUGUACCAACAAAAAAAUUAUCAUCGGCGGUGACUUCAACGUAAACGUGUUAAUAAAAUCACAGCAAUCAAGCAACUUAUUAAACCUAAUGCUCGAAUACAACCUCAAACAAUAUGUCCGUGAACCUACCAGGGUAAAUAAAAAUAGCGCGACAUGUCUAGACUUAAUUUUUACUAACUUCACAAAAAACUUUACAACAUCGGUAACUGAAUUAGGUUUUUCGGAUCACAAGUGCGUAACAAUAAACAUAGAAGAUUUAAAUCAACAAAGACAGAAAACAACCUUUUGGUAUCAGACAAAGAGGGUAUAUAAUUCAAAAAACAUACAAACAUUUAAACAAGAACUACAAAAAAUAAACUGGGACGCAUACAUUUCUCCACAUCAAAAUGUAAAUGAUAACUAUAAUUCUCUAAACAGGAAACUAAUUGACAUUCUGGAUAAAACCAUUCCAAAAAGGCGCAUAACAAUAAAAUCAGUAAAUUCAACUAUUUGGCUCACUCGAGGAAUCAAAAUAUCAUGUAGGCAUAAGCGACUGCUACGAAUUCAUGUUACGACAUCAAGAAACCAAAUCUUAAGUCAACACUAUAAAUCUUAUGAAAAAACUCUAAAAAGAAUUAUCAUAAAAUCUAAAAAACUACAAUAUAUUAGGAAGAUGAACAAGGCAUCAAAUAAAGUAAAAUGCAUGUGGCAAAUAAUAAAUCAGAACAACAAUAAGAAAAUCAGCAGUCACAAGCAAAAUGUACAAAUUACUAUCAAUGACAAAUUAACGUCUGAUCCUAAGUUGGUUGCUAACGCAUUCAAUAACUUGUUUGUCAAUGCUGGGCGGGCACGGUCGGACGCGGUGCCGCCCCCGCGCGGCCGGCCUGUGCUGCAGCCCACCGAAAACACUAUGUUUUUGCGACCUGUAGAACUGCAUGAAAUCUACUCUCUAAUACGCAGCUUAAAAAGCAAAACGAGCUAUGGAAUAGACGAGCUACCCUCCGCCGCUCACUUUUAUCAUCAAUCAGUCCUUUUCUGACGGUAUAUUCCCCGAUAAAUUAAAACAAGCCGUCAUAAAACCUGUAUAUAAAAAGAAUAAGCGAACUGACCCGAAUAACUAUCGUCCGAUUGCACUGCUGCCAGCACUUUCUAAAGUAUUUGAGAAAGCCAUGUGCAAACGGCUCUACUCUUAUUGUGAGAAAUACAAUAUCCUUGACAAUGCACAAAAUGGGUUUCGGAAGAAGCGGUCAACGACUUUAGCGGCUUACAAAUAUGUCAACGACAUUUUGAACAUAUUAGACAAAAAAGAAUACGCGAUAGGUGUGUUGUUCGAUAUGACAAAAGCCUACGAAAAAGUAAAAUUUAGUAUAUUACUCGAUAAAUUAUACGGAAUUGGAGUGCGAGGAGUUACUCAUAAGUGGUUCAAAUCAUAUUUAAGCAACCGAAAGCAAUACGUUGAUAUCGAACACACAAAUAACCAAUCAAGAGAAAUUAGUACCAUCAGGUCGGAUGUCCAGCCCGUGUCUGACUCCAUUCCGCAGGGAAGCGUGAUUGGCUGCCUGCUGUUCAUUAUUUACAUAAACGACCUUCCAAAAUCUCUAAAUGAAAAAUGCGUAAUGUUUGCGGAUGAUUUCUCAUUGUUACUAUCAUGCACUUGCAAUACAAAUCUCAAUGACAAACUAUCGGAAGUUGUAACAAGCAUCGUAAACUGGACAAAUGACCACAAUCUAGAAAUUAAUUUUUCAAAAACAAAAAUUAUGCAAUUCAGGCCCCACCAAAAACAAGAGUUAGACAUCCAUUUUGAAUUCCAACAUAACAAAAUAGAAUGCGUGCCCUCCUUCCCACUUCUCGGUAUAACGAUAGACUCUCACUUGAAUUGGAAAGACCACAUAGAAAAAAUUAAAUCCAAACUUAGCCAAUUUAUUUACGCCUUGCGACAAUUAAAAAUGACCACAGACUUGCAAACGGCCCUAACAGCUUACUAUGCUUUUGCCCAGGCAUGGUUUCGCUAUGCCAUCAUUUUAUGGGGAAACAGUACAAACGCAGACGACGUACUAAUAUUGCAAAAGAAAUGCAUUCGCAUUUUAGCAAAUAUUACACUACCUGAUAGUAGUAAGCCACAUUUUAGAAAUCUUGGCAUUCUGACGGUACCUUGCAUAUAUAUUUUCGAAUUGUGUAAAUUUGUAAAAGAGCACCCUGAUUUCUAUUCUAAAUUCGGAGAUAUACCCCGACGAUUCGAAUCCCGUUUCAAAAAUAAUUUGAUCCAAACCACGUCUAAAUUAGCCAUUCAUAAAAACGGUCCCUACCCAAUGUCAAUUAAAAUUUAUAAUAAACUACCUAAUUACAUAAAAAAUGAACUAAAUGAUAAUAAAUUCCUGAAAAGUUUAAAGGCAUUCCUCGUAGACAAAGCAUUCUACUCUGUAAGUGAAUAUCUAGACUCCGGAGGUAAUGUUUAAUAUUUAUUCGUGUCGACCUCUCUGCCACCCUUAUCUACGGCCGGUCAUUACCUACUGUAUAUUUAAUAGUGUUAUUAGGUUAAGUAGUUGAUUAGUUUGU